GCGCGAGAGCGAACAGAGAGGAAGGCUGCAGGAAACCAGUGCAGCGAAAACCUCUUUAUGAGCGACUAGCUCAAAUGCUGUCGGGGAGUCCUUGUUAAAUCAACAAACAAAAGAGGAAGCUACUCAAUAUCUCGGCGAGUGGAUGGCAGUAGUGUCCAUGCGGUUCGUCAGCAGCUUGGAAGAAGGAGGAAUCCCGAACGCCUCUCCCACUCACCGCCUAUUGGAAAACGAGUAGUAGAAGACAAUCCCCGCCUUGGACACAUUUGGGACAUUUCCCUCUGUGAUUGCCGAAACCUUUGCUCUAGGAGUCAUUCUCACAGUUUUAACCGUUCAACGGAACCCUCUUUCCAGACGUAGGGAGUUCACGUGUUUACGAACGGUUCCUAUCGGAUCGUAAACAAAAACAGGAUCACGGUAGCCUCUGGGUUUGCAUCUCGCUUUUUGUGCAUCCUAUUUGUUGUGCUCAAAUGAGAGAAUGAGGUUGAUCCGUUGUGUUCGCAAAUCCGAAUUUCAUCUCGUCUAGUGGUUGGGGGAUUAAAUAAUCUCAGCAUCCAUCUCUACAUGCAUGUAUGCAUACUGAUGACGUGAUGAUAUCUACGGACGUAACGACUCCCUGAAUUAAAAUCGGCACCUGAAACCGUUCAUUCUCGCAAAGGGAAGCCAGUUGAGCGUCAUCAUGGUGGUUUUUAACGGAGUAUUGAAGAUCAAGGUUUGUGAGGCUCUAAACCUGAAGCCCACUCCAUGGUCACUCCGACACGCCGUCGGACCAAAGACACAAACCUUCCUACUGGACACCUAUAUCGCCCUCAACGUGGAUGAUUCUCGCGUGGGUCAAACAUCGACCAAGCAGAAGACCAAUAGUCCAGCUUGGAAUGACGAGUUCGUGACUGAGGUUUACGAUGGGAAGAAAAUUGAACUGUCGGUCUUUCAUGAUGCACCAAUUGGCUAUGAUGACUUUGUGGCCAACUGCACUAUUCAGUUUGAAGACCUGCUGCAGAAUGGCAGUAGGCACUUUGAAGAUUGGAUCGACCUGGAGCCAGAGGGCAAAGUGUACGUUGUCAUUAACCUUUCGGGAUCCUCAAGUGAAGUCGCUGCAUCAUCCAAUGAAAAUGAGGAGAGAGUAUUCCGUGAGCGGAUGCGACCGCGGAAACGGCAGGGGGCGGUCCGGAGGCGUGUCCAUCAGGUUAAUGGACACAAGUUCAUGGCCACCUACCUAAGACAGCCCACCUACUGCUCCCACUGCCGAGAUUUUAUCUGGGGUGUGUUGGGGAAACAGGGAUAUCAAUGUCAGGUGUGCACCUGUGUGGUCCAUAAAAGAUGCCAUGAACUCAUUAUCACAAAAUGUGCUGGCUUGAAGAAACAGGAAGACACUCCUGAAGAGGUUGGCUCCCAGCGCUUCAGUGUAAACAUUCCACACAUGUUCAGCAUUCACAAUUACAAAGUCCCCACUUUCUGCGACCACUGCGGCUCCUUACUUUGGGGACUGAUGCGGCAGGGACUGCAGUGCAAAGCCUGCAAAAUGAAUGUCCAUCGGCGUUGUGAAAGUAAUGUAGCUCCUAGUUGUGGUGUCGAUGCCAGAAAAAUUGCUAAAGUGCUCUCUGAUCUCGGUGUGACACCAGACAAGAUCUCCAACAGUACCCAACGCAGGAAAAAGUUGACCCCAGGGCAGGACCCUCAGCAACCCACAUCGGAAACCCCCUCAUCAGAGGAGUCUGACCGCUGCAAAUCCGCUCCAACUUCACCCUGCGGCCAGGAGCUUGCAGAACUGGAGAGCAUCCGUAAGGCCUUAUCAUUCGGCCAGGAUCACAAGUCUUCCUCCUCUUCCUCAUGCAGCGGUGAUCAGAGCACAGCGCCCGAGGGCCAGGAAAAUGGAGAUGUGAAGACUAUCCAGACGAAGAGGAUGAGUCUGAUGGACUUCUCCUUUAUCAAAGUGCUGGGGAAAGGCAGCUUUGGCAAGGUUAUGCUGGCUGAGCUGAAGGGCUCAGAUGAAGUUUACGCUGUGAAAGUGUUGAAGAAAGAUGUCAUCCUGCAAGAUGAUGAUGUGGACUGCACUUUGACAGAGAAGCGUAUUCUGGCCCUGGCUAGAAAACAUCCGUAUCUAACCCAACUAUUCUGCUGCUUCCAGACAAAGGAUCGGUUGUUCUUUGUUAUGGAGUAUGUAAACGGAGGCGACUUGAUGUUUCAGAUCCAGCGCUCGCGAAAGUUCGACGAAGCUCGUUCCCGUUUCUACGCAGCUGAGGUCACAUCAGCGCUUAUGUUCCUGCAUCAACAUGGCGUCAUCUACAGAGACCUGAAGCUGGACAACAUUCUGUUGGAUGCUGAAGGGCACUGUAAACUGGCAGACUUUGGGAUGUGUAAGGAGGGCAUUCUGAAUGGCAUCACAACCACCACCUUCUGCGGGACCCCUGACUACAUCGCCCCUGAGAUUCUGCAAGAGUUGGAAUACGGGCCAUCAGUGGAUUGGUGGGCUUUGGGCGUGCUCAUGUAUGAGAUGAUGGCUGGUCAACCUCCGUUUGAAGCUGACAAUGAGGAUGACCUGUUUGAGUCCAUUCUCCAUGAUGACGUGCUUUAUCCCGUAUGGCUUAGCAAAGAAGCAGUCAGCAUUCUGAAAGCUUUCAUGACAAAGAGCCCCAAUAAGCGUUUGGGAUGUGUGGUGACCCAGGGGUUGGAGGAAGCCAUCAAAGUCCACCCCUUCUUCAGAGAGAUUGACUGGGUGUUGCUGGAGCAGAGGAAAAUCAAACCGCCCUUUAAACCUCGCAUCAAAACCAAGCGUGAUGUGAAUAACUUCGACCAGGACUUCACUCGCGAGGACCCAGUGCUAACACCUGUGGACGAUGCCAUCAUAAAACAAAUCAACCAGGAUGAAUUCAAGGGCUUCUCAUACUUUGGAGAGGAGGCUUCGUCUUAAAGCCAGUUCAAAUCAGUUCAAAUCAAACACACAUGAAACAUACCCACAUUGGCAUGCAAUACAUUGUUAAUGCACACUCCACAGAUGUGCUGAAGAAACCACAGAGUGGGCUCCGACCGGAGCAAAAGAGCCAGUCCCUGUGUCUGGAAUUGAGUUCUCCUUUACUGCUGUUUUUGUUCCUUUUUUCUUCUCUGUUUAUCCAAAAGAAAAACAUUUGUACUGCAUAUUCUCAUGACAGUGAAUCUCAUCCCAGGCCUCUACAGUAAUGUUUCUGUAAUGUUUCAAAAAGCUACUAGUUUGAAAACCAAUCAUAAAAGAAUGUCCUCCAGAGCUCCAGAAGGAAAGGUCUGAACGUACUACCUUAAACCAAAUUGACGAUACCAAUGAUUGUACUACCAUGUUGACAAUAGUCAGUUCUCUGUACUGUCUGUUGGAAAGUUUCAGAGGUUGUGCCCUUGAGGAAGAAUAUACCCUGCAUAUGUGACAAUGAAAGACAUGUUGUGCUGUGCAAUCAAAUGCCUUUGUGUAUUCAGGUGACAUUUUGGGAGCAACUUUAUAAAGCAUACAAAGACAUUAAAAAAGGAGUUUGUAGUAUGCACAUACAUUGUGUGUGAGUAUACAGUGUAUGUAUGUAUGUAUGUAUGUGUAUAUAUAUAUAUAUACCUAUACCUAUACCUAUACAUACACACAGUAUAUUCCAUGAAAGUGUUAUGAAGGCCCAUUAGGAAAGAUAACCUGCUGUAUAUGGGUUGUGUUACAAUGUGUUCCAUUGGCCUGAGUAGGUGUGUGCAUGACAUGUAUGUGUCUGUGUGCAUGUGUCUGCAUGAAUGAGAGUGGGAGGCUUUGCCCUCCUGAAGCUGUACAAUAUUUCUUGUUUUCAUGUUGUUUGCAAUGGCUUUUCCUUUUGUGCUUGACUGUGUAAAGGCUGCUGUGUGUGUGUGUGUGUGUGUGUGUGUGUGUGUGUGUGUGUGUGUGUGUGUGUGUGUGUGUGUGUGUGUGUGUGUGUGUGUGGUGCCCCGCUGCUAUGCAUAAGAAAGUAUAGUUGUGGGGAACAGACCAGCACCCAUAGCUGUCUGGUCUUUUUGUACAGAACAUGACGUGUACAAAGUAUUUGCCCCUAAGCCGUGAAAGCUUUGUAGAGUAGGCAAUUGUUGCAUGGUCCUGCAAACUGUGUUGUUAUCGAGUAGCAUAAGUCUAUGUAAAGAAAAAUAUUUUGAUAUCUAUGUGCAAUACUCUGAACACAUUUUCCCCAUUCUUUCUUUUUUUUCUCUCUCUCUCUCUUUCUCUCUCUCUUUUGUUUUCUUGUUGUCAGUUUCUCUGAUUUGGACAGAUUUUCUGGUCUCGAACAGUGAAGAGUGAGUGCUCCAUAGGUUAGAGCUUCAGCAAAGGCUUUCUCUCUCACCUACACUUUCUGUUGCUGGUUACAUCUCUUUAUGCUACCUUUGUGUAUAUUGUGCUGAAAUGCAUAAGCUGUGGAAUGUAGUGGAAUAAUGUGUGAGCUCUUAAUUUAUUCAAUAUACAUGUAGCUAUCCUUCCUUUUGUAUCAUUAAGUCAAAUCAUUUCCCUGUCUUUUUGUGUUCUUUUAUUUCAGACAAUUAUGUCUUGUUGCACACCUCCACACAUCUUUUGACCAAACUGAUUAGGCUUGAUUUAACAUUUUCUUGUGAACUUCCUGUAGAUAAAUCAUUUAUUUGUAAAAUGUGAAAGACUCUAAAGAAGAAAAUGGUACAUUUCAGGCGUACUAAUAAAACCUUCUGGAAUGUGAUGACUUUUGAUUUAGCAAUUCCAUGGCAAUUUCAAAAAGUGUCAUUUUUCUUUUAAAAGUGGUUAUUUUAGAUUGCUGUG